AUGCCGAGCCCCCUGGAAGACCACACGUGCCAGCCCAAGUGUGGAUUCUGCGGAGGCCCGCACGUCACCAGCAGCAGGGAAUGCCAUCAACGCCUCAAGCCGGCCCGUUCAAACAAGCCACAAGAACAGCAAAAGAGACACGUCUCCCGCAAGGACGCGUCACAAACGAAAAACAGACAACGGUGGUUCAGCUCCGAGGACCAAGACGGGUCCACUCAACAUCGCAACGUGGCCGACACCCGAAGCGCCAGCAGAAAGCGGGCCGCAAGCAAACAACGCAACGAGAGCGCAACGAGGAGUCACGCGCCGAACCAGUCCAAGGUCACGGCCAACACCGGAUCGCGGGAGCAGCAACCCCCGCAGCGUCCGAUUACACCGCCGCGGCUGACGCAGCAACAUGACACGCAGCUGGCGUCGAAGCAGAAGCAAGCCCCCCAGGUGCCGGGAGGCGCCAACCACUCAACGCUGAGCCACAGGUCGCCGCAGCAGGGGCCACGGCCAACGGAGCAAGAACAGGACGAACGGGUGAGCUGGUCAGAGAGACUUAAGCAACGUACCCCACUAGCUGACCCCAGAGUUCCACAACUCCAAGCCAUGAUUGCCAAACAAAACAAACAGCUUGCAGAACAAAGCGCUACAAUAGCACGAAUGCAAGCACAGCUCGAGCAAUUCAAGCAAAGCCGCAGCACGAACACCCAAAGCGAACAAAUCCCAGUGCCACAAGCACCACAGCCAACACAACGGAACGAUAACUUUGAGGCUACAAUCACACCUGAAGUCAUUCAACUUCUUCACCAUAAGACUGAACACGCAGUGCAGAUUCACAAAGUCCAGAACGUAGCAGAAAUGCAUCAGGCCAUCCGGGAAUCAGAAGAGCAGAUGAUGCAACACAUGAAACAACUCAUACAGGAGCUCCACUCCCACCUAAACCGUAAAAGGGGCGCCAACACGGAAGCAGGGCCGUCCAAAAUGAGGCACCGCACAGACUCUCUCGGUAGCGAGACCAGCUACGCGAGCGCCUCUACAUUUGCUUAA